GGAGAGCGGCGGGCGCGCCGGCCUGUUGCCCCGCAGCGGCCCGGCCGGAGCCGGAUGAGCAGCGGCCUCGGCCUCCGGCGCAGCCCGGAAAUGUCCGGCAAGAUCGAGAAAGCAGACUCUCAGCGUUCUCAUCUCUCCUCCUUCACCAUGAAGCUGAUGGACAAAUUCCACUCUCCCAAAAUCAAGAGAACACCAUCCAAGAAGGGAAAGCCAGCCGAGGUGUCGAAGACUCCUGAGAAGCCUGUGAGCAAAGAGGCAAGAGACAGAUUUCUACCAGAGGGCUACCCUAUCCCCUUGGAUCUGGAGCAGCAGGCAGUAGAAUUUAUGUCCACCAGUGCUGUGGCUUCCAGGUCUCAGAGGCAGAAGAGCCUGUGCUGGUUGGAGGAGAAAGAGAAGGAGGUUGUCAGCGCCUUGCGCUACUUUAAGACCAUUGUGGACAAAAUGGCCAUUGAUAAGAAGGUUUUGGAGAUGCUCCCAGGGUCAGCCAGCACGGUGCUGGAGGCCAUCUUACCCCUGGUACAGACUGACCCCCGGAUCCAGCACAGCUCAGCCCUCUCCUCCUGCUAUAGCCGAGUAUACCAGAGCCUCGCCAACCUCAUCCGAUGGUCUGACCAGGUGAUGCUAGAGGGUGUGAACUCAGAAGAUAAAGAGAUGGUGACGAGUGUGAAGGGGGUCAUCAAAGCUGUGCUGGAUGGAGUGAAGGAGCUAGUGAGGCUAACCAUUGAGAAGCAGGGGCGGCCAUCACCAACAAGCCCAGUGAAGCCCAGUUCCCCAGCCAGCAAGCCUGAUGGCCACCCUGAGCUCCCGCUGACAGACCGAGAAAUGGAGAUUCUGAACAAGACAACAACAGGUGUGUCACCAUCCACUGAACUGCUCCCAGACUCCACUAGUGAAGAGGUCGCACCCCCCAAACCCCCCUUACCUGGCAUUCGGGUGGUUGAUAACAGUCCACCAGCAUUACCGCCCAAGAAAAGGCAGUCGGCUCCGUCCCCCACCCGAGUGGCUGUGGUAGCCCCUAUGAGUCGGGCGACCAGCGGCUCCAGUCUGCCUGUUGGAAUCAAUAGGCAGGACUUUGAUGUUGACUGUUACACUCAGAGGCGCCUGUCAGGAGGCAGCCGCUCCUGCGGUGGUGAGUCUCCUCGCUUGUCCCCCUGCAGCAGCACAGGCAAACUCAGCCGGUCAGACGAGCAGCUGUCCUCCCUAGACAGGGAUAGCGGGCAGUGCUCACGGAACACAAGCUGUGAAACACUAGAUCACUAUGACCCCGACUAUGAAUUCCUCCAGCAAGACCUCUCCAACGCAGACCAGAUCCCUCCACAGAUGGCCUGCAGCCUCAGCCCACUACCGGAGUCCCUGGGGGAGGCUGGGCCACCAUUUCUUGGCCAUCCUUUCCAGCUGCCUCUGGGCAGCUGUCCCCAGCAGGAGGGGCAGCAGACUGACACUCCACCUGCCCUUCCUGAGAAGAAGCGCAAGAGCGCCGCCUCCCAGACCACGGACAGCUCUGGCUGCAGGGUGUCCUAUGAACGACACCCUUCACAGUAUGACAACAUCUCAGAAGAUGAUCUGCAGAACCCGGUCCCAGUCCAGCCUGUGCCCUACACGCCCUUUGCUGCUGUCCUUCCCUUUCAGCAGGGAACUUCCUCAGCCCCUGUUGAGUUUGUGGGUGAUUUCAGUGCUCCUGAGUCAGUGGGUGACCCAGAGAAGCCACCUCCUCUACCAGAGAAGAAAAACAAACACAUGCUGGCCUACAUGCAGCUGCUAGAGGACUACUCAGAGCCACAACCAUCCAUGUUCUACCAGACACCGCAGAGUGAGCACAUUUACCAGCAAAAGAACAAGAUGCUCAUGGAGGUCUAUGGCUUCAGCGACUCCUUCUGCAGCAGCGACUCCACACAGGAGCUGGCCCCCCCUCCCGCCCUGCCCCCCAAGCAGCGGCAGCUGCAGGCCUCCUAUGCUGCUUCUUCCUUCUCUGUCUCCUACUGUGUCCAGCAAACUAAAGUGGCCUUCACCCCCGAGGACGGCAGUGCCGCUCAGGGCCUCAGUGUAUCCGUGUCUAACUCCUUUCUCAACCGGCACGGCAGCUUGCCUGUGCCCUCGUACAAGUCUGUGUUUAGGUCUUACUCCCAGGACUUCAUGCCCCACCACCAAGCCUCCGUCCAACCUUUCCUUCCGCCUACCUCCUCUUCCUCUCCACAUUUCCCACCUGUCCACGCGUCCCAGAGCUCGGACUUAGCGGUGCCCACCGUGAGCAGUCCGCCUCCCAGCACCGUGGACGGGCCUCUCUCGUCUUCUCAGAACAGCAGCUUUCAUGGGAACCCUGUCCGCCUUCCUUCCGAAACCUCUUUCACUGACUCGGAACCACCAUUGGGAAAGGACGGUCAUCCCAGAGAUCCCUCGGUCAAUAGUGCAUCUGGGAAGGACAGCAGAGAAAAUGGGGAGAGGUCCCCAAAGUCACUGGAUGCUUUGGAGCCAGCCCAGUCAGAAGAGGAAGUAGAUGAACUGUCCCUCAUUGACCAUAAUGAAAUUAUGGCCAGGCUGACACUCAAGCAAGAGGGUGAUGAUGGGCCAGAUGUUCGUGGAGGUUCAGGAGACAUCUUACUGGUCCAUGCUACUGAGACAGACAGAAAAGACCUGGUGCUGUACUGUGAGGCCUUCCUGACCACCUACAGGACCUUCAUCAGCCCAGAGGAGCUCAUCAAGAAACUGCAAUACCGUUACGAGAAGUUCUCUCCCUUCGCUGACACAUUCAAGAAGCGAGUCAGCAAGAACACAUUCUUUGUGCUGGUGCGAGUAGUGGAUGAGCUCUGCCUGGUGGAGCUGACGGAGGAGAUUCUGAAGCUGCUGAUGGAACUAGUCUUCCGCCUAGUAUGCAGCGGAGAGCUCAGCUUGGCCCGCGUACUCCGGAAGAACAUUCUGGACAAGGUGGACCAGAAGAAGCUACUCAGGUGUGCCCAUUCCGACCAGCCUCUGGCUGCCAGGGGUGUCGCAGCCAGGCCGGGGACCUUGCAUGAUUUUCACAGCCAUGAGAUAGCAGAACAGCUGACGCUGUUGGACGCCGAGCUUUUCUAUAAGAUAGAGAUUCCUGAGGUUUUGCUUUGGGCCAAAGAGCAGAAUGAGGAGAAGAGCCCCAAUCUGACCCAGUUCACGGAGCACUUCAACAACAUGUCCUACUGGGUACGGUCCAUUAUCAUGCUGCAGGAGAAGGCCCAGGACCGGGAGAGGCUGCUUCUGAAGUUCAUCAAGAUCAUGAAGCACCUGCGCAAGCUGAACAACUUCAACUCCUACCUGGCCAUCCUCUCGGCUCUGGACUCAGCACCCAUCCGCAGACUGGAGUGGCAGAGGCAGACCUCAGAGGGCCUGGCCGAAUACUGCACGUUGAUUGACAGCUCAUCCUCUUUCCGAGCCUACCGAGCGGCCCUCUCGGAGGUGGAGCCCCCGUGUAUCCCGUACCUAGGUCUGAUCCUGCAGGACCUGACCUUCGUUCACCUGGGAAACCCAGACUAUAUCGACGGGAAAGUGAACUUCUCCAAGCGGUGGCAACAGUUCAACAUCUUGGACAGCAUGCGGUGCUUCCAGCAGGCGCACUAUGAAAUCCGGAGAAACGACGACAUCAUAAACUUCUUCAAUGACUUCAGCGACCACCUGGCCGAGGAGGCCCUAUGGGAACUCUCUCUGAAGAUCAAACCCAGGAACAUAACAAGGCGGAAAACAGACCGGGAGGAGAAAACCUAGAGCAAGCUGGGGUGAGAACGUCGAGGGUCCAGAGAGGACCUGGACCGUCCCAGCCUCGGAGCCUGUCCCCAGCUUGGCUGUGUGGCAGUACCACUCCUGCGGGCUGGUUUCCUGCCUCUCUCUCUCCCUGUGGCUGAAGCCUCCGGGUCCACAGUGAGCUGGCGGGCAGGCCUCAGGACUGGCGGCCCCCGGUCUGGUUUUGUUUUCUGUUUGCUCUCCAUGCUCCUUCCCGUUCCCCGCUGUCCUCCUGCAGCUGGGGAGCAACAGAGACCUGAGCAGCAGACAGGGCAGUGGCGGGCUUCACCCUUCCCAAGGCUACCCUAGCCUUCUUAAGUGGCAGAUAAGUGGAGGCCCCAGGACCCUUGGGUGGGCUGCCCUCCAGGGCACCUGAAGUCAGGGGAGAUACAGCUGGGAGAUGGGAGGCAGAAGGCAGAAAAGGGCCAUGGCAGGAAUCUUUUGCUGUCCAUUCCCUGCCUUUUAACUAUGGAGGAUGGGGCGUGUAGACCUGGCCCAGAAGGUGUGGUGGGUGACAGGCAGCAGCCACAGAGCUGGCACUACUCACAGUACUGGCCCCAGACCCGCCCUGCCGUGCCUGGCCGCAGGGGCUCACCUGCUCCACCGUGACAGGACCACCAGGAGCACCUUCCAUCCUGUUGUGCCCGCCCACCGUUUGCCCAGCCCACCCCCAGCACGGCACUCUGGGAUCAGUUAGAGGAGGCUCUGAAUGGAUCAGAGUGAGGCUCUUUAGUGACCUAGGGAGAGGCAAGCAGCCCCUCCGUGCUUGCUGUGUGCCUUAAUGCCAUCUCCUGUCCCUUCCAGGCCUAUGGGCUUCCCUCCUACUCCACCCCACCCCUGAGCCAGCAGGUCCCCUAGUCCCUUUCUACACCCUGCAAAUGUCUGGUGUCCCCGAGAAGGCUGAACAGGCCUGGGGUGUGAGUGCCUCCAGAGGCCUGACUCCAGGCAGGUGCUCUUCCCCAGUAUGGAACCACCCACUGCUGCUGAGGUCGACAAUCGAGGGCAAGAUGUUCAGGGCUCAGUGCCGGGCUCUCCCAGGCCGUGGCUCCAUGGCCACCACUGGAGCUGGUUGGCAGGGUGCAGGUCAGAAUCCAGAUGUGCUGCUGGCCCUGCCCCAUGCCUCCAGUUCACUUUUGCAUGAACAAGCACCCAUUUCUUGUGGUCGUGGGGCUUGGUCAAAUGGACACCAGGAUCUCUGUGCUUCCUCAGCCCAGUCAUCACAGUGGAAGAGAAGACAGCAGCAGCUGCUGGCCGGGCACAAGUUCGAAACAACUGUCGCUCUGAACCCCUCCUGGGUUUUUUUAGCAGCUUUUAUCAAAAGGAACUGUGGGCUAUUCCUCCCCCUCUCCUGUUUAUUUGUGCUGUAAAUAGAGGGGGGGGCAUCUGUGAACAGCCCCUUGGCCGGCUCCCUCUGGCAGCAGCCGGGCGGGUUGUUUAAGGAGUGUGUGUGCGUGUGGAGUCAGGCUUGUACGCAGUCGUGUGGGUCUUUGGUUUGUUUCUCCUUUGCAGGUCCUUUCAUUUCAGUCUCUGCCUCCUGCCCUCAGCAGCUCUGAGUGCUCGGUGUGAGUGGGGGCACUGUGCACGCAGGGCCCUUCCUCCAGCCGCCUUCUGUAGCCCAGGCUGUCAAGCCUAGCCUGCUGGUACCACAGCAGGCAGUGCGUCUGUGGUCUGCAUCCGUGGGUUCCCAAGCAUGAGCUGGGCGGAAGGGAAGGCUCACCUUCCAGAUCCAGGAAAGCCAGGGCCUCCUGUAGUCCUGGGAGCCAGGACAUCGAGGUGUGAUGUGUGGGUUUAACUUAUUAGCCAACAGGCUUCCCUAGUCACCUGCCUCUGGCUGAGGCUGAGCCCAGUGCUCACUGCAGCCUGGCUUCCACGUGUCUUUUCUCGGGGGUGGGGGGCUGGGAGAGCUGUGGAGAUCAGUCUCUGUAGGCAUACUGAAUGCCAUGGACAGUUUGGUUCUCAGCAGAGGCCAGCCCUUACCUGCGGGUUUGGUAUGGCCAAGACUAGGGCAAGCAAAUGCCACAUCUGGCUGACCCUUGAACCGAAACACCUGCCUAAUGCCUCCCAGUGUGAUGCUGUAAUAUAAAUCCCCCACUAACCUGUCCAACAGUGGCAUCUUCCUACAGACAUUACAAGCGCGUAACUUUUAUAUGAAAAAAUAAACGGACAAAAGCCCGUCUGAUG